AUGGAGAAGAGUAAAAAAACGAGACAAAAUUUUAAAAUAGCCGAGUUAGGGCUUCUGAAGGAGUCGUUUGAAAAAGACUCACACCCUGGAACUUCUGAAAUGAAUCGUCUUGCUGGUUUAUUGAAUCGAAACGAAGCUCAGAUUAAUCGCUGGUUCAAGGCAAUGAGAGUAAAAGUGAAAAAGGCUUCCUUAAAGAUGUCGAGAGAAGUUACAAGCCAAUCGGGAAGCAAUGUAGAACUCCUGGGAUCUUCGAUUGUUCCCGAGCCACCGAGUAGUGAAAUAGUGUCAUCGCAAGCUCAAUACCGAUUGGAGAACAUGAAACUAUUAAGCAAUGUUCCGGAAACUUUUAAUGUUGCAGGACCGUCAAACAGUAAAAUGGUACUUCUGGAAGCUUACAUGAACACUGUUCGGCAAACUUCGAGUGUUGUUGGGCAAUCAAGCAGUGAAAUGCAUACAACUCCUAUUGUUCCAAUUAUUCAAGCCAACAAUGAUCUGCUCACUGUCAAACCACAAGCUCCACCCAAUCAGAGUAUCGGACGCAAAUCAUUCAUACCCUUCACAAUUGACAAUAUUCUCUCGUAG